UGUGGUAUUUAUUUUAAUAACCUUAUUUUGAAAAAGUUUUUGACGUUCCACGUAAAAGGUUUUAGUUUUUCUUUUCGCAAAUCCUAAAUUUUCGUAUUGCAAUGUCCGUCUAGAAACAAAAUUUAAAGUGGAAACAUGUUCAAAAUCUUCGUGGCGGUGCCAUUGAGCGCGAUUUUUGGUUCCGUUUUAAUAGUGUCCUUACCGGUUGCGGAAAAUGAAAACUUUUUGGAAUAUCCGAGGUACCUCAACUACGACGAAUUGACUAACUUGUUCCGAAAAUUGGAGACCGAGAAUCCUGACAUUGUGAAGCUAAUCAGCGUCGGGAGAUCCGUCAAAAAUCGCGAACUUUGGGCAUUGCAAAUAAACAGCGAUGUGAAAAAUAGAACGCUAAUGACACCAAUGUUUAAAUACGUCGCCAACAUGCACGGGGACGAGUCUAUAGGACGACAACUUACGAUCUAUCUGGCGCAGUACCUCAUCAGUAAUUACGGGUCCAUUGAAAGGGUUACUAAGCUUGUAAAUUCUACUGAUAUUUACUUAAUGCCCAGUAUGAAUCCUGAUGGUUAUGAGAAUUCACAGGAAGGAAGGUGUGAAUCGAAACCCAAAUAUGUGGGGAGGGAGAAUCAAAACGAGGUAGACCUGAAUCGGGAUUUUCCUGAUCAAUUUGAAACACACAGAGCAGGUACCAUUUUAUCUGCGAGGCAGCCCGAAACUGUAGCCAUGAUGACAUGGAUCCUGUCGCGGCCCUUCGUGUUAUCGGGAAAUUUGCACGGAGGAGCUGUAGUCGCCAGUUAUCCCUAUGAUGAUUCCAAUUUUGGCGUAACCUGUUGCAAGGAGAGCAAAUCGCCAGACGACGAGUUGUUCAAAGAGCUCGCCUUGACAUAUGCUCAAAAUCAUCCUCUGAUGAAGACUGGUGAAACAUGCAAAAAUGACCAUUUUGACAAAGGCAUUACUAAUGGCGCGUUUUGGUAUGAGGUCCGGGGUGGCAUGCAGGACUUUAAUUACGUACAUUCGAACUGCUUCGAAGUGACGUUCGAGCUGAGUUGUUGCAAGUUUCCGCCAGCCGGUACCCUGCCGGAAGAGUGGCGCAACAACAAGGAGGCCCUUUUAAGAUUCAUCGAGGCUGCCCACUGGGGCGUUAAAGGCUUGGUUGUAAACGAACGGGGCGAUCCCGUCCUGGACGCCGACGUCGUGGUGGUGGGGGUCGGGCAUAACGUGACCACCUCGAACAGGGGCGAAUAUUGGAGACUGCUGCUCCCCGGAAAGUAUGAAAUUUACGCCGCCGCGUACGGGUACCUCCCGUCGGAGACAGUCGAGGUAGUCGUUCGGGAGGGGGAGACCGCCGUCCGGAACUUUACUUUGUCAUUUCAGCCCUCCGCGCAAGGGAGUUACGCGGAAGUGCUAGAGUCGAACUCGUCCAUGUACGAUCAGUACGGCUUCAUGAUCCCAGACGCGCAAUUGUUCCACCACCAUCACUAUGACGAGAUGGUAGACUUCCUCAAAUACUACAACAGUACCUACCCGAAUAUUACCCACUUGCAUUCCAUCGGAAAAUCCGUCCAGGGCCGGGAAUUGUACGUCUUUGUCCUGAGCAACACCCCCUUCCAUCACACACCCGGCAAACCCGAGUUCAAAUACGUCGCCAACAUGCACGGCAACGAGGCGGUUGGCAGGGAACUGCUCCUUUACCUCAUCAAAUACCUGUGCGAACGGUACGGGACCGACGCGAGGGUGACGCGACUGCUCGACACCACCCGAAUCCACCUCAUGCCCAGCAUGAACCCCGAUGGUUACGAAAUGUCCCAGGAAGGUGACCCGUCUAGCGGGCGGGGUCGAAACAACGCCGCCAACGUCGACUUGAAUCGGAACUUCCCGGACCAGUACGGCGUCAACCAAUUCAACCGGUUCUUGGAACCGGAAACCCAAUACGUCAUGAGGUGGAUCGCGUCCGAGCCCUUCGUCCUGUCCGCAAAUCUCCACAACGGCGCACUCGUCGCCAACUACCCAUUCGACGACAGUAGGCGGGGCUUCGGCGGCGCCACCGACCACGACCCGAACCCCGCACCCGACGACGCCGUCUUCAAGUACCUGGCCUCGACGUACGCGAACGCGCACCGCUCCAUGCACGAGGGCACGCCCUGUCCCAUGUUCCCCGACGAGCGUUUCGACGGCGGCAUCACCAACGGCGCGAGGUGGUACCAGGUAACGGGCGGCAUGCAAGAUUGGAACUACCUGGUGGCCGGCUGCAUGGAGCUGACCCUCGAGAUCGGCUGCUACAAGUACCCGUACGCGAAAGACCUGCCGCGGUACUGGCUCGACAAUCGGGACGCGUUGCUCGCGUUCGCCGAACAGGUUCACAAAGGCGUCCACGGGUUCGUUAGCAGCACGAUCGGCACACGGAUCGCGCACGCGGAGAUCGCUGUCGAGGGCAUCGAUCAUACGGUGAAGACGGCCAAAGACGGCGACUACUGGCGCAUCCUGCUGCCCGGCAAGUACAACGUUACGUUCGCCGCCAGGGGUUACGAGACCUACACCGCGGAGAUCACGGUCCCAGAGUCCGGAUCGCUCGAGUUCAGUCCAAAUUUAAUGAAGGACGACCCCCAGCACUGGGCGAGUGCGUACGACUUCGGCAUCGACAAGAACCAGUUCCAUCCCGUCUACCACUCCAACUCGGAGAUUUAUGGGAUCCUCGGCGAGCUGGAGAACAAGUUUCCUGCCGUGGCCGAAUUCCACGGCGGCGACGACCUAGUCUCCAUGGCCAUACACUGGCUGAAGAUUACCCGUGAGAUCGACACUUCCGACGAGACGAAAUUCCACGUGGCGAUCGUCGGGAACUUGUUCGCCACCCAGCCGACGGGCAGGGAAAUCGCCGUCUACCUGGCGCGCCACCUUCUGGGCGGUUUCGCCGUCGGAGACCCCACCAUAACCCGAAUCCUGUCCGAUUGCGUCAUUCACGUCGUGCCCGUCGUCGACAGGGCGUUCGAACGCAUCCGGGGCGAGUACGACCGCGAAGCCGGUGGCUUCUCCCGCCCUGACGGCCCCGUUUGCAACGACAUAUCCGCCGACUUCAAGCAGGUCGGCGAUCAGCUACUCAACGUCGGCGGGAACCGCGUGACGAGCAACAAGGAGACCGUCGCGGCCGCCAACGCGUUCAAGCACAUGCUGCUCGAGGAACGCUUCGACCUGGUUCUGAAUAUCGAGGGCGGCGACGGCGAAAUAAUAUAUCCGUACGCCAAGGACCAGACGCAGACCUACCGACAUCUGGCGGACGUUUACCGCUCGAAGGUGAGGGUGCCGUUGUCGUGCGGUCAAUCCCGCAAGGGGGCGAGCGCCGACGCCAUUCUGACCGACUUCCUGUUCCACGAGUACGCCACUCCCAUGAUUACGGUCAAAGUUAGCUGCUGCGAGUAUCCCGCUGUCGAGAACAUUCCUUACGUGUGGCGAGACGUGCUGGACCCGCUAAUGGCCGUGUUGAACGCCACCGGAACUGGCGUCGAAGGCACCGUCACUGACCUGCGGACCGUUCCGCUGACCAACGCGUCCGUUAGGCUUGUGGGGUCGGAGACGGUGCACGAGGUGACGAAGACCCGGGCGAGUUUUAAGAUUAUGGCGCCGCCCGGUAAGUACCACCUCGAGGUCAGUUGUCAAGAUUACGGAAAGCGUCUGAUCGCCGUCACCGUCGCGGACGGCGCCCUGACGCCGGUCACGGUGACGAUGUCGCCGGCGGACGCGAAGGUGGCCGUCGUCGCCGACGUUUCGGUGCACGAGCCUUUCGCCGGCGACGUCCACACCGGUAUAAGAGGUUACGUCAGAGACGGACUGGAUCACCCUGUGGAGGCCGCGAAGCUGCACGUUGUCGAGGUCAACGUUACUGGGUACUCGGACGCGGACGGCAAAUUCGGCGUGGCGCUGCACCCGGGGACGUACACCGUGGAGGUCGACGCCCGCGGAUACUUUGGCGACGUGAAAAUCGUCGCCGUCCCCGACGGCGUCGGGCCCCAGGUGGCGGUUUUCACGCUGCGCAAGAACAACACCUUCUUCGGCGUUCCGAGGCUGGCCUUCGUCACCCUGACAGGGUUCAUCCUGGCCGGCCUACUCGGUCUGGGCAUAUUUUGUUUCGUCGUUUACAAACGGGGACGCGGCGACUACGGCCCCUUAUCGCAGCACGGAUUCUACGAGGACUUCCGCGACUUGGACGAGUCGAAGGAGACAGAUCUGUUUACUCGGCCGAUGAAACCAAAAAUGGUGACGAGACCGUACUACGACGAGGACUACGACGAGGAGCACAGCUUCACGUACGCAUCGAGCUCGGACGCGGAGGCCGACGUCAAUUUGUUGACCCUUCAGAAAUAGUACACGAACGCCCGUGCCUAUUUUCGUGCGUAACGACAAUAAUACUCCUCGGCUGCGAAUUGUAAAAAAAAAAAAACAAAAAAGAAUAGAGUCCGUAUAUAUAUUUUUGUAUAACAUGUAUAACUUAAGUCACCCCUCCAGGAAGGGGAGCAUAAAAUACGUAAUUUAAUGCCAGAAAAAUGUGCAGCUACUUAUUUGGAGGCGAGGCACUUAUCAUUUUGUAUGUUAAUUUGUAAAUAUAUCCCCGUCGUGGGUCCAAUAAAAUUUA